UAUAAACCAGUUUUUCAUUAGGCUCCAAUGAGAAGAAUGGUAAGAGAUUAUAAAGUGCUGGUUUGCAGUGAGGGAAACAAAAGACUGCAAAUCAAAUACUGACAAAGACAAGAGAAUCAGGAGAAUGCACAUUGUUUUUAAAAAAAGCCAAAGUUUAAAGCAAUCAGAGAGAAGCUGGUGGAAAUGAAGGACAGACAGAUGCUUCAGAUACUGAGGCUGAAAAAGCAAAUCUCUUCCGAGGGGGAAAUGUCUGGCCUCCACACGUGGCCACAGCAGCGUGAGUGCUGGAGCACGUGGAGGCCUGCAGUCCGCUGAAGGUGGACCUCAGAAUAAGCUAUCGGUGAGGGUGUCGUGUGGCUGUGAAAACAAGCAACCACUCUCAUACAUGGAAAGGCAGGGAAAACAGUGCCCAUGAGAAGUUCUUGGGGAAAAAAAAGAAAACCAUAUUGACAACAAAAUCUAGCCAAUUAAGAGAAGAUGGAAAAAGAGAAAGGAACUCAAGAAUGGUAGUGAACACUUUGAACACCGGACCAGUAUUAAGCAGCCGUGCGGGUUAUGGUUAUAGAACAGAAUGUGAACGGUGCAAACCUUGAGAAUGUAAAGCUAACUGUCCCUGAGGAAGGUGGGCUGUUGGUGGAGCACGCGGGAGAGGCUGCUGCUUCUGUCUUCCAGGGCAGGGGGCGAACUGACAGAAGUGACAAUGGAAACAUAAACCAAAAUCCCCAGCGUCCUUAUGUUUUUCAUAAUUUAUCUUUAGGGUCAAAAGUGACUUUUAGGAAGAAGAGAUACUUGUUUGAAGUUGAGCAGGAAGUUUUUUGGUUUCAUUUUCUUCUGUUAAAGUCCAGUUAAAAUUAAAUGUAAUACUUUUAAUGAAGAAUGAAGCAGGUUAAUUUGAUUCUCACCACUUCUCCCUUUCUUCCAUCCUUUCCUCUGCCGUUUCCUCGAUCCCACUUUAAGCUCACUCUUGUUCUCAUGGGCGGCGUCCUUCUGUCUGCUUGGGGAGAUCUGGAAUGAUGCUCACUGAUGGUUCCUUUUGGUAAUGAGAUAAGUUAUUACUAUUUUUUUACCUUUAAACUUUCCAACAUUACUUAACUUCUUUAUAAUAACAAUUGGACUCUGAGCAGGUUACGUUUUUUCCAGAAGUUUUACAAAAGAUACUCUCAUUCAAGAAAUUCAUUCCAGGAAAAAAAAAACCUGAAAGGACCACCCCCUGCCCCGACCAUUAACUGUUCCUUUCUAGAUGAAACUGCUCUUGGCGCGUGGGAAUGGGUUAAGAUCUGUUUCUGUGCAUUCACACUUACCUUCACAUGUACAAAUAAUACAGUCAUGUCGUUCUUGACUCAGCCCCGUCCCGCCCGCACCCUCCCCUGCCCCGGAACUGUGCCUUGGAGAUCUGUCCUUGUAAGUACAAACAGAGCAUCUUCAUGUUUCCCAAACUAUUGUCAACAUCCCACAGGAUGGUGUGUUAUUAGUCAGGGUGUAGUCAGGGGACAGAAAGCAUACAAUGACCUGAACAUGCAAAUUUUAACAUAAAAGGUUGAAUUUGCGGAGAAUUGACUAAUGAGGGUCAAAGACAAUUCCAAGGCAUCCGGCAUUGGCAGACAGAAGGGACCAGUACUGCCAGCCCUCUCCUCCACCCGGGGCUGAGAUCCCACCUCAUCGGAAAGCGCACGGCCUUGGUGCACUGGAUGGCAGAGAAGAUACUGGAAAUCGGCCAUCUCGGGGGCAGGGGGAGAGGCACCAGGCUUCAGCACUUGCUCUGUGCCGGGGAAGCUGCUGCAAACAGCCCCCCUCUGCAGGAACCUAGAGCAUUUCUGUGCAGUUUCGUUAUGCGGACGGCUGCUGGCCGGGAACCCCCGUGGCUGCGUGUGUGUGGACCUGAAGAGCGGGUGUGGGAGCAGCUGUCGGGCCGGGGCCCCAGCCUGCCCUGUCCGGGGCCCCCGGCUGUGCUGCUGUUACCCACGCCAACAGUGAGAGGAAACACGUGGAGGCCAAAUGCGGGAGACGCCUGGGCCCUGCAGACACCUGGCCCUGGAGACGCCGCUGGACCAAGCAGCGGGCAGAAAAGCCCAGGUUCUGGGAGCCUGGGGAGAGGCCCGCAAGAACGGGCAGCAAGGGCCGCUCCUCCUGCGGUCUGUCCGCCACCAUCUGCUGACGCACUUAACGCUGUGCGGCUGCCAAGGAAGAUGCUCCCGGGGCGCCGCUCCGUUAUCGCCCAGCUGACAGGAAGGGGGAAUGUGGAAGGGAGGGGCGGUGCCCUGGUAACCCGCACAGGGGGGUGCCAGCCUUAUUUCCCCGCCUUUGGGUGGACAGUGUGAGUGGUUUGCAGGCUCUUCUAUUGGGACGGGUGCCGCGGGGCAGGUCCUGUUCUGUGCCUCUGUGUGCUCACAAAACAGCGUGUGUCUGGCUGGCCCCUGGCCCUGGAGUGUCUGGGUCACUGGACACGUGCCCGUCAAAGUUUGGUAGAUUCUCCAAAUGGGCUUUACUCGCUUGUACUCCCACUUUUCCCUCAUGCUUGGGCAUUAUCAAUUUUGCUAAUUUUCCUCAAAUCGUUGCUUACUGUUUUGGUUUCUUUUUCUGUCUCUCCACGUGUCUUCCCGUGAGAGCCCAUGUCCCACACAUGGAGCCCCAGGGGACACGGCUUCUCUGGGCUCAGUGUUCCUGUGGCAGGCUGGCUGUGGAGGGCGAGGUCCCAGCGCCCCCCUCAGGCCGUGCCCUCGGCUCUCCCUCUCAGGCUGAACCUCCGUGAGCUGGGCCCCUGGGCCUCCCACAUGCGGUGGCUGGUCUGGAUCAUGGCGUCUGUCGGCACCGUCUAUGUCUUCUUCUUCCACGAGCGGUACAAGCUCGUGGAGCUGCUCUGCUACACGGUCACAGGCUUCCUCCCCGCCCUGGUCAUCCUUUCCAUGGACACGGCCUGCUCCCUACCGUUGGCCGGAGCCCUCAGUUCUCGUCCACGAAGCCUGGCCCACCAUGUUUUAUGGGACCCACUUCAUCAUGUCCCCACCCGCCAAGAGCAAGCUGAAGCGGCAGAGCCAGCUGCUGUCCAACGUGCUGUCCCGGACGCUGAGCUACAAACACCGCGACCUGGACACCACCUUCUCCAGUCUGGGUGCCAGCGAUGACCCGGCUGAGCUCUCCACCCAGCUCUCGGCCCCCGGGGUCCUGAAGGUGUUCGGGGACAGCGUCUGCACCGGCACCCACUACAAGAGCGUCCUGGCCACCGGCACGUCCAGCGCCCAGGAGCUGGUGAAGGAGGCCCUGGAGCGCUACGGCCUGAGCCCCGAGCGCGCCGGCCAGUACGUGCUGUGCGACGUGGUGGGCCGGGCUGGCGACUCCGGGCGGCAGUGGCAGGCCGAAUGCUUUCGGGUGUUUGGGGACAAUGAGAAGCCGCUCCUGAUCCAGGAAUUAUGGAAACCUCGAGAGGGCUUGUCCCGGAGGUUUGAGCUGAGGAAGAGGUCGGACGUGGAGGAGCUGGCGGCCAAAGACGUGGACACCCUGACGGCAGGGAUAAACGCCCAGGCCCGGAGGCUGCAGCGGAGCCGCGCCAAGGGGACCCCAGCCCCAGCCUCAGGGGGUACUCAGAGCCCCCCUCUACCCCGGCUGCGCCGCACGGUCAGCGAGACCAGCCUGAGCUCAGCCACCACCCUGCUGGACGCCGCCCGGGGCCCCGAGGAGCCUGGCCAGGACACCAUGCGCUGCUCCCUCUACGAGUCGCCCCACCUGCUCCUUCUGCAGGGCUACAGCCAGCAGCACGACAGCCUGGUGUACGUGCUGAACCGGGAGCGGCACACGGUGGGCCAGAGGACCCCCUCCAGCAAGCCCAGCAUCAACCUCGCGGCCCCCGACAUCCUGCCCCUGCACUGCACCAUCCGCCGGCGCCAGCCCUCGGGCGGGGAGCAGGCCGGGCCGCGGCUGGUCUUGGAGCCCAUCCCUGGGGCGCCUGUGUCGGUCAACUUCUCGGAGGUGGGGGGCUGCGCCGUGGCGCUGCGCCACGGGGACCUGCUCUCCCUGGGCCUCUACUACCUGCUGCUGUUCAAGGACCCGGCGCAGGCCCAGCCCCUGCCCGCCCAGGCCCUGGCCCGCCUCCGGGCUGUGCCGCAGAGCUGCCGGAUGUGCGGCACCGUGCUCCGGGCCCGGGGCGCCUCGGCCUCCGAGCGGGCCGCCCUCCCCCGGCCGCGGCCGCUGCACCUGGAGUUCGAGCCCGACAUGGAGGACACGCUGCUGCAGCGGAUCAUGACGCUGGUCGAGCCGGGCGGCGAUGACCACAAGCUGACCCCUGCCUUCCUCCUCUGCCUCUGUGUCCAGCACUCGGCCACCCGCCUUGAGCCGGGCUCGUUCGGGCAGCUCCUGCUUAAGAUAGCCAAGACGAUCCGCGAGACGGUCUGGGAGAAAACCAAAGAGCUGGCAGAGAAGCAGGCGCACCUCCAGGAGCCCCUCUCCUCGGCCAGCUUUACCAUGGCCGGCCUGGCUCCAGACCUGCAGCCCAUCCUCUUCUGGAUGUCCAACUCGGUGGAGCUGCUGUACUUCAUCCAGCAGAAGUGUCCUCUCUACAUGCAGAGCUUGGAGGAGGAGCUGAAUGUCACAGGCUCGAAGGAGUCCCUGUUCUCCUGCACCCUCACGGCCAGCGAGGAGGCCAUGGCAGUGCUGGAGGAGGUCAUCCUGUACGCCUUCCAGCAGUGCGUGUACUACGUCUCCAAGUCCCUGUACGUCUGCCUCCCAGCCCUGCUAGAAUGCCCCCCUUUCCAGACGGAGUGCCGGGAGGGCUGGUGCCCGGCCCCCCAGCUGCCCGAGGAGCUGCGCCGCGUCGUGUCGGUCUACCAGGCUGCUCUGGACCUGCUGCGGCAGCUGCAUGUGCACCCUGAGAUCGCCGCCCAGGUGCUGGCCUACCUCUUCUUCUUCUCCAGCACGCUGCUCCUCAACCAGCUGCUGGACAGGGGCCCCUCUCUGAGCUGCUUCCACUGGCCCAGAGGUGUCCAGGCCUGCGCCCGCCUGCAGCAGCUCCUGGACUGGACGAGGGGCGCCGGCUUCGGGGAGGCCGGCGAGCACUUCUUCCGGAAGCUCUCCUGCUCCCUCAACCUGCUGGCCACUCCCAGUGCCCAGCUCAUCCAGAUGAGCUGGGCCAACCUGCGGGCCGCCUUCCCCUCCCUGAGCCCUGCGCAGCUGCACCGGCUGCUGACUCAGUACCAGCUGGCCUCGGCCAUGGGCCCCAUGAGUGCCUGGGAGCCGGGCGCCCAGGACAGCCCUGAAGCCUUCAAGUCUGAUGAGGUCCUGGAGUCCUAUGAAAACCCGCCACCCAUCGUUUUGCCAAGCGAGGGCUUCCAGGUGGACCUGGAAGCGGACUGUCUGGAUGACAGCAUCUACCAGCACCUCCUGUACAUCCGCCACUUCCUGUGGAGCCUGCGGAGCAAGCCCAGCCCGGGCGGGGGGCCCGCCCAGCCAGCGUGCCCCGAGGGCCCGUGUCUCACCAGCCCUGAGGGCCUCCCCAAGGCCCAGAGCUGCCCCCUGGCUUCCAGGGACCCUGGCAGGGGAGCCCGAGAGGCCAGCCCAGAGCGCCCUCUUCCUUCCGCGGGGGCUCCCCGGGCGCAGGGCCCUCCAAGAAGGCAGCCCAGCCGUGCGAGCCGGGGGGGCGCUCAGGCCAGGCCCCUGCACGGGGACUCCUCGUGCCUGCUCACGCCCCCCAGCACCCCUCUCGGCCCCGAGCCCGCUGUGCCCGACCAGCCAGCGCCCAGCAGUGCCUGCGGGGAAGCGCUCUUGGAAGGGAGGAGGAAUGGGCCGAGCGGCCCCUGGGGCACAGCUCCGGAAGGAGAGUGUGCGGCCCUGGCCGCCGAGCCCCCUCCAGCCCCCUCCAGCCGCAGCUCCAGCACAGAUGACUUCUGCUGCAUGUUCGUGGUGGAGCUGGAGCGAGGACCCUCUGGGCUGGGCAUGGGCCUGAUCGAUGGGAUGCACACGCCACUGGGCGCCCCCGGGCUCUACAUCCAGACCCUGCUCCCCGGUAGCCCCGCAGCGGCCGACGGGCGGCUGUCGCUGGGAGACCGCAUCCUGGAGGUGAAUGGAAGCAGCCUGGUGGGCGUCAGCUACCUGAGAGCCGUGGAUCUGAUUCGACACGGGGGAAAGAAGAUGCGGUUUCUGGUCGCCAAGUCUGACGUGGAAACAGCCAAGAAGAUCCGCUUCCGCACGCCUCCCCCCUAGGUGGGCUGCAAAGAUGGCCCAGGCACCCACACCUGAGGGUCCCCAGGUCACGUCACCUUCUGCCAGCUGUUCUGUGUGGUUGGUCAUCUUUGGGACACUGGCUUUGGUCCUCACCCUGUAGAUAAUGUACAUCUUAGUGUAUAUUUUAUUUAUAUGACAGAUGACACUGUUGUGAUGUUUGUCAGAGCUUUUAUGUUUGGAAAUUUUAAUGGAGAACUAUGCAUUCAAUAAAAUAUCUUUCAUACUCUUAGAGGGCAGU